AUGUCUUCAAAUCUUACCUUUGUCUCGCAAAGAAGCGAGAAAAAGAACUACGGAAAGCCCAAGCCAAUACCAGCAUACUUCCCCACAUCAAAGAAGUCGAUACUGAUACCAAACUUUGAGUUUUACGACCGCGUCAAAGCGGCGCCCCGCAAGCUUGCCGCAACGCACGCGGUGCCAGUGCGGUCCGGCAAGGCAUGGAAGGCUUCGAAGGGGUCAAUUGUUCGCAUUUCCACGCCUGAAGGCCCUCAAGUGUGCGACUUCAACUGCUGGGAGGCGAACUCCGGGUUCAAGGAGCACAUGUGGGCGUCGCGGACACGGCAGCUACACUCCGCGCACGUCUCCGUGUAUGACAAGCUGUGGUCGAACCUACCGUAUCUGCGGCCCUUGCUGACCAUCAUCGAUGACUCACUGGCGGGCUACGGCCCCGAUGAGCACGGCGGUCGUGUGCACGACCUCCUGGGCACACGUUGUGACCCGUACGUCGACAAGCUGCUCAGCGGUGAGGACAACGAUUUCCACUGCCAUUCGAACUUGUACCGUGCGAUCCGAGAAUUUGGCGGCGAGGAAGAACAUGUGCACGACGUGUUGAACAUCUUCCAGCUAACCGGCUUGAACGAGAACGACCAGUACUUCAUGGAGACGUGUCCAGCGAAGCCGGGCGAUUAUUUCGAGUUUUUCUGCGAAGUGGAUGUUGUUUGUGCCGUGUCAUCCUGUCCUGGCGGCGAUCUUUCGGACUGGGGAUGGGGCGAAGGCGGAACAGACUCCGAGGCCAACGUGGGCGAUAUGUCUGCCAAAUGCAGGCCCCUGAAGGUGGAGGUGUUCGAGUUGGAAAACCCGGAAGAGGCCCUCGAGGGCUGGGAAUCGCCACAACCCGUUAAGUACCAGGGAAACCACGGAUUUUAA